AUGUUUGAUAACACUCUGGUUAUUUGCAGUGGUAGAAUGGUGUACUUGGGCCCGACUGCCGAUCUCAAAGCCUUCAUCCAGGAUAGUACAUCGAAACAGUGUCCAUCUGAUUACAACCCAGCAGACUUCGUCCUCUCUGAGCUCCAAACCGCGUCUGAGGAAGAGAUAGAGAAACUGGCUGCAACCUAUAAAAAGAAGGCCCAAGCCAGAAUCAUACCUGGCAUUAAAGCGUCUAGGGCGAAAGGCGACGAUGCUCCACCGUUGAAGGCAAAGUCUAGGCCAUCUAGUAUGACGGCGCAGUUGACGGAGCUUUUCCUUCGUGAUGCCAGGGACACGUUCCGUAACAAGCCAGUACUCAUUGCUCGAUAUAGCGUUCUUAUCAUCCUCAAUCUCCUCUUUGGUUGUGUAUUCUUCGAUGCUGGCUCUACCCAGAGUGAGGACUAUUGGCUGACUAACGUUGACAAGUUCAUUCCUUACUAUGGUGGUAUGGUUACUGUCUGUAUAUCUGCCAUGAUGGGGUCGGCUCAAUCGACCAUCUUGCACUUCCCUGAGCAACGUGGUAUCUUUCUCAGGGAGUAUGCCAGCAAUAUGUACUCUACCAUCCCUUAUACGAUCGCCAAGAUGAUGGUUGAGUUCCCAUUAUCUCUUCUCGACUCCAUUGUACAAGUCCUCAUUGCGUACUAUAUGAUGAACUUUCAAGGCAGCAUAUUCUAUUGGUUCCUCAUAUCGUGGGUUAUGAAUGUUUCUUCGGUCUCCUUAGCACAGAUGGUAGGAGCCGCUGUCAAUUCGGGUGCCCAAGCCAUUCAGUUGAUCCCCUUGCUUUUUGUUCCACAGACGGUCUUUUCUGGGUUGUUCACUAGCAUCAGUAAUAUCCCAGUCUGGCUACGAUGGGUUCAAUGGCUGUGUGCUUUGAAGUAUGGUGUCAAUUUAGCCUUCUUUACCGAAUUCGGUUUUGAUUACACCCGACUAGCCGAAAUCAAUGAUUCCAAGUCUGAUCUGGUCGGGCUUGAUAUUGGUGUUCUGCUGGGACUCAUUGUUGUUCUCCGUAUUGGCACCAAUAUCGUUCUGAAGAGAAAGGCUAGGUACGUCUUCUAA